GCUCCCUAUAAAGGUAGACAGGAUAGCCAGCAGAGCAGAGAGGCAGAGAGGCAGAGAGGCAGAGAAGCUGAGAUCAACGCACCAACGUCCAUCUGUCUCCCUCCACCAUGCAGAUCUCCACGGGGCUUCUGUGCCUGCUGCUUGUGGUCACUGCCUUCACCUCCCAGGUUUUGGCUCACCCAGGGUCUAUCCCAGCUUCCUGCUGCUUUGUGAUGGCCAGUAAGAAGAUCCCCAAACAACUCCUGAAGAGCUACAAAAAAAUCACCAACAGCAGAUGCCCUCUAAAAGCCAUAGUCUUCAAGACCAAGUUGGGCAAAGAUUUGUGUGCUGACCCCAAGCAUAAGUGGGUGCAGGAUGCCACAAAGUACCUUGACCAAAUCCUCCGAACCCCGAAACCAUAAACCAUCCCACCUUUUGAGACUAAACCACAGCCUAAAACACAAAUGCUUGACUUAUUCCCCAUUCCUAAGCUGUGCUCUCGGGUCAUCUGAGCACCAUUCCCCAAGGACUUGCCCUCAUUUCGUUACGGGUGGGACUGGAAGUCAUUAUGUUCUGUGAAAUGAGCCAGACUCGGAAAGGUUGUGUAAUUUCUUGAAUAUGCAAAAUCCUAAAAGGGGGCUUAAAAGAUGCCAGAUUAUUGAGGAAUGGGAUGGAACAGGAUGGGGGAAUAAUUGAGGAUAAUACAGGAGUAAAUAUGAUCAAAACACCUUAUAGACAUGUGUGAAAAUGUCAUAAUAUAAUGCACUGCUUUGCAUAAUUAAUAUACAGUAAUUAAAUAUUAAUAUUUUAAAACUUGUUAUGUUUAACUAUUUGGAGUUUUAAAGCAUAUUUUUAUGGGUAUCAGUUCUUUUUGUUGUUUAUUUGUUUGUUUGAGAUGGUGUCUUACUGUAU